AUGAUCACCUUCAAACUCUGCAGCUCUCCUUGCUGGGACUCCAGAGCAGCACUUUUGGUCCCCUGCUCUGCCAGCAGGCAAAGAGGUCCCCGGGGCAGGGUGUGUGCCCCUGGUCCCCUCUCCCUGAGGAUGCCAGCCAGGAGCAAUGGUGUGCACAGCUCCCCAGCCAACCACCAGCCCCAGGGUGGCACGGAGGGCACCAGCAGGAGCUGUUCAACCCAGGAUGGCACCAGCUCAGAGCUGCAGAGAGGAGCCAGCCUGCCUGGGGGGGAGCAGAGGGCUGACCAUGCUUUCCAAGGCCAGGGAGCCUUGGCCAGGAUAGUGCGGCUGGUGCUGGUGCUCAGGGACUGGGCCAACAAGAGCCUGCAUGAGGAGCAGCAGAGGCCAGACCCCUUCCUGGAGCGAUUCCAAGGCCCUGAGCUCCUGACAGUGCCUGCAGGAGCUGCUGAUGAGCUCGAGGAUGAGGAGACCGAGAAUUUAAACAAAAAGAGGAAAUGGCUGUUCUUUGUGGUGGACCCUUCGGGGGACCGCUAUUACCACUGGCUGGCUGUGAUUGCAGUUCCUGUCCUCUACAACUGGUGCCUGCUGGUAGCCAGGGCUUGCUUCACUGACCUGCAGAAGACCUAUUUAGUGCUGUGGCUGGUGUUGGAUUACAUCUCAGAUGCUCUCUACCUCGGGGACACAGUGAUCCGCCUACACACAGGGUUCUUGGAACAGGGCCUACUGGUCAAGGACCUGAAGAAGCUGCGGGAUAACUACAUCCCCACGCUGCAGUUCAAGCUGGAUGUUCUCUCCAUCGUGCCCACAGACCUGGCCUAUGUUUGGCUGGGGUUGCACUGCCCCGAGCUGCGUUUCAACAGGCUGCUGCGCUUCUCCCGCAUGUUCGAGUUCUUCGACAGGACCGAGACCAGGACCAGCCACCCCAACAUCUUCCGCAUCGGCAACCUGGUUCUCUACAUCCUGGUCAUCAUCCACUGGAACGCCUGCAUCUACUACGCCAUCUCCAAGGCCAUCGGCUUCGGGGAGGACAGCUGGGUGUACCCCAACGUCACAGAGCCUGAGUACGGCUCUCUGACCCGCGAGUACGUCUACUGUCUCUACUGGUCCACGCUGACGCUGACCACCAUUGGGGAGACCCCUCCUCCUGUGCGGGAUGAAGAGUACCUCUUCGUCAUCUUCGACUUCCUCAUCGGCGUCCUCAUCUUCGCCACCAUCGUGGGCAACGUGGGCUCCAUGAUCUCCAACAUGAACGCCACCAGGUCAGAGUUCCAGGCCAGGAUCGAUGCCGUCAAACACUACAUGCAGUUCCGCAAGGUGAGCAAGGACCUGGAAACCAAAGUCAUCAAGUGGUUCGACUACCUGUGGACCAACAAGAAGGCGGUGGAUGAACGGGAGGUCCUCAAGAACCUCCCUGAUAAGUUAAGGGCAGAGAUUGCCAUCAACGUUCACCUGGAGACGCUGAAGAAGGUGAGGAUUUUCCAGAAUUGCGAGGCGGGGCUGCUGGUGGAGCUGGUGCUGAAGCUUCGCCCUCAGGUGUUCAGCCCGGGGGAUUUCGUGUGCCGCAAAGGGGACAUUGGGAAGGAGAUGUACAUCAUCAAGGAGGGCAAGCUGGCCGUGGUGGGGGAGGAUGGCACCACACAGUAUGCUCUGCUCACUGCAGGGGGCUGCUUUGGUGAGAUCAGCAUCCUCAACAUCAAAGGCAGCAAGAUGGGCAACAGGCGCACGGCCAACAUCAUCAGCUUGGGCUACUCUGAUCUCUUCUGCCUGUCCAAGGAAGAUCUCAUGGAAGCAGUCACAGAGUACCCUGAUGCCAAAAGGAUCUUGGAGGAGCGUGGCAGGGAGAUCCUGAUGAAGGAAGGGCUGCUGGAUGAGUCAGCUGCAGAGGAAAGCACAGAAGGGAAGAGUGUGGAGGAGAGGCUGGACAGGGUGGCCUCGAGCCUGGACACGCUGCACACGCGCUUUGGCCGGCUCCUGACCGAGUACAACGAUGCCCAGAUGAAGCUCAAGCAGCGCAUCACUGCUCUGGAGGCCAGGAUGAGGCAGGAGGAACUGGAGGAUUUCUUCUCUGACAGCUCAGACAGUCUGUUUGAGGAUGAGGAGAAAGCUUCACCUGGGGCUGGGAUGCAGUGA